CUGGGGACACAGCCAGCUUUGUUUACAGACUCACAGCUCAGCCUCAAAUAACUGUGCAGGAAACUACCCCAACUGAGGUAAACUGAACCUGCAGACUGUGUGGGUGUGUGYUUCAGGGCACCCAGAGAAUUUUGCAGCUCCUUUAAAAGCUGUUUGUGAAAGUUCAUUAUCCAUGUAACAAUCCUUGAACAUGAACCAAAAGGGCAAUCUCAGAAAAAUCAAUGAACAAAUACAGACUAGCAGUGUUGUACACUGCAAAACCAAACUGCUGCUCAGAAAACCAAAAGCCCUGAACAGGAAACACUGAUAAAGAUAUUCCUGACAGCUGYAGCUACACCCCUUCUCCCCACUCUGGUAACUCAGCACAAGAACUUAGCUAAACUUCAGAAAAGUCUACAACAGAAAAAAAAAAAAUGCCUUUUAAGGAAGCAUUUCAUGACAGUCAAGUUGUACAUGCCCAUUCCAUUCCCUGGGACAAAAGCAGCAUGAGCUGCAUACAUGGCUCUUUUCCUUUCCYUGUUCUGAGCUUCUGCACCAGUUGUUAGCCAAAAAUAAACACCAUUCCACAACCAUAUAUGUGCAACAGCCUUGUGGUGAGUGUGAGCCCCCUCCAGCACUGCUGUUAUCCACGAGGCCGAGAGACUCUGCCACUGCUGCCUGGCUAUGCACAUAACCCAGCUCAACCGGGAAUGCCUUCUACAUCUCUUCUCUUUUCUGGACAAAAACAGUAGGAAAAAUUUAGCAAAAACAUGUCACAAGUUGCUAGAAGUGUUUCAGGAUCCUUUACUGUGGAAUUUGUUGAACUUUCAUUCUCCAGUGGAACUAAAAAAGGAUAAUUUUCUCCUGGGACCUGCUUUAAAAUACUUAUCCAUCUGCUGGUAUUCAGAGAGAGUCAAGGUGUGUAACAUUGAGGACUGGAUGAAAAACAGUUUCCAGAAAGACUUCUGUAACAGGCAUGAGAACACUGUCAGUGAUUUUUUACUAGACGUUUGCAACAGAUGCCCAAAUCUGCUGUCUCUGACCCUCUCUGGAUGUGGCCAUGUUACAGACGACUGCAUUUUGCAGCUUCUCAAACACUGCCCGAAGCUGCAGAGCCUGAAACUGGAGAACUGCGUGCGGAUCAGUGACCACACCCUGGAGGCAGUGACCCUCCACGGGGGAUCGCUGCGAACGCUGCACGUGGAUUUCUGCCGCAACAUAACACAGGCUGGGCUCCAGAGAGUCAGGGAAAAGUGUCCUUCACUAAUGCUGAGAGCAGAGAGAAGUGCUAACAUGAUCCCAGACAGUAAGCCAGAAAAAAAGCUGAUGCUUGAAAAAGCAUCAAGAAAAUUGGUUCAGCUCUAAGUGCAGCAAAUUGCACGWUGUGUAUAAUCAAAGUGGGUGUUUUGCUUCACUCUGAGGUGGCAAUGAAGUGUGUUUACUUCCCUGGGUUCUGGUUAAAUCCAAACAAAUGACUGAUUCGUUUUGUGAAGAGUGCACUGGGAAAAGGCAUGCACCUCCUCCUGGACAGGCUUAAGGAAAAACCUGUUUGCUCUCUGUUGUUCCUGAAAACUGGAAAACCCUGCAUUGCUGUCACAAAAUGCCAGAGCUGCUGAAAACUGCAGUUCUGGUACCCUCCUGUUGCAGAUGAACCUCUCASAAGACAGAAGAAGCAGUGUGCUCCUUGAGGCCAAAUAAUCUGAUGGAGUUCAAUACAUUUUAUGGACUUUAUAACAAAGUUUCACAGAAGUAUGGCAAGGUGCGGUAAGAUUCACCUGACUGCAUGAAGAAACACAAGUGCAGUUUGAAAUGAGGCAGAAUGAGUCACACAGAGCUGAGAACACAAACACUGAGGAAGAGCCACCCACUGUGUCACGAGGUUCAGGCUGGGCCYUGCACUUUCUACACUCCUUAUGUAAUGGGCAUAAAACCACAGCAGGGAGAGCCUGAAUCAUUGUGUGCUUUUCACAAAUUCAGGGCAAGAGUAACAAACUUCUGUYAGAGAGCACAUCCAGACAGUCAUUCCAUCCUCUGUGGGGGAUAACCACUCCCUGAGAGGGCUUUCUAGCAAAAGCAGAGUAUGGGCAACCAGCACUUCCUCAGUGGUUAACAGUGGGAGCUAAUUCACCAGGCUUUUUUAUUAAAUGAAGGAAGCAUGGAUUCAAGGCACACAAAAUACAGGACCCUCUGCAUGAUGUACUUACUUAAUGUAAGAUACACCACAUUAUUUUUUAAAGCUGGCAUUAAAGGUAGUGCUAUAUGAACAAAUGCUAGUUCAGAGAACUAACCCACAGGAAAAGAGAGUGACUAACAGCCUGUAGCUUUAAAURCUAAAUUAGGAACACACUACACACCAGCUCUACAUAAACACCCAUUUCUCACCGCAUAGUACAAAACCAAUAGCUAUUUUCAUCCCAAAGCACAAGGCUGUCCCUCCUUGCCUGCACACUGCUCUGCUACCUGGAAGUGAAACUUYUUGUUACAUGCUUUUGAUGCUAUGCCACCAUCUACAAAAUCUGAUAUCAAAGAGGACUUUAGAGCUCUCAACAUAACCGAAUAUACCUACUCCUCCUUCCCAUCCUGGUUAACUGAUCCACAGAUAUCCUUGGUACUCUUAAUCUGGCUGAGCCAAGAAAUAAAUCACAGCAUUACAGCAACUUAGUCAAACAAUGCUGCAAUUCUUGAGAAAUGCUUCAUCAGUGUGAGCAGCUGUAAGAAACACCCAGAAAACACUCAAGGAAAAUGGAUUAUUGCAUCUUCAUAAUUUAGAGAUAUUUAACAGCAUGACACUAUAGAACUGGAAUUUCAUUAACUCAUUCCUAAAGUACAAGCAUGGCCCUUA